AUCUUACCGCGCGAGGCUUUUAUUUUUUGGGGGGGCUUUUGUCGCUCAAUCAAGGCAGACGCACGCUCAUUGGAAGGAUUCCCCUUUCAUCCCAGCCCCGCAGGCUUCGCUUCAUUCUCAUUGGCUUCUUUAUCUGUCGCCGCAAAGGCGAAUGCUUCCGAUUGGACACAUAUCUUUUUUUGAAGGCCCCGUACUCUGAGGGAGGAAAGAGAAGGCGAGGGAAUACUUCGACGCAGGCGCAGUUGCCCGCUUUGGCUGCUGUCGCCGCGGCGUAUGGAGCCGCUGCAGAAUGGAAGUGACAAGCGACAAGCUAACGCGGAGCCGCCGCCGCCGCCGCCCGCCAUGGAGACGGGAAGCGAAGCCGGAGGAUCCUCGGAGGAACGGCGGCGGCGGGGGGUAUCGGCCUCGGGCAUCCGUCGGCGCGCAAGCGGGCCGAGCAAGGCGGAGGCCGCCGCGGGCCGCGAGAAAGAGCGUGAUGGCCCCGCCCCCCGGCCGCGCCCGGAUUGCCACCGCAAGAGCCGCCCCCCUUUCCCUUGGUUCGGCUUGGACAUCGGCGGGACGUUGGUGAAGCUGGUUUAUUUCGAGCCCAAGGACAUCACCACGGAGGAGGAGGAAGAGGAAGUGGAGAGCUUGAAAAGCAUCCGCAAGUACCUGACCUCCAACACGGCCUACGGCGCCACCGGCCUCCGCGACGUCCACCUGGAGCUCAGGGACCUUACGCUGUGUGGACGUAAAGGCAAUCUGCACUUUAUUCGCUUCCCCACUCACGACAUGCCCGCUUUUAUUCAGAUGGGCAGCGAGAAACAUUUCUCCAGCCUCCACACCACGUUGUGUGCCACUGGAGGCGGAGCGUAUAAAUUUGAGCAGGACUUUCUCACAAUGGGCGACCUCCAGCUGUGUAAAAUGGACGAGCUGGACUGCCUUAUCAAGGGGGUUCUCUACAUUGAUUCGGUGGGCUUCAACGGACACUCGGAGUGCUACUAUUUUGAGGACCCCACGGAUCCCGAGAAAUGCCAGAAGGUCCCUUUCAACUUGGAGGACCCUUACCCUCUCCUGCUGGUCAACAUCGGCUCCGGAGUCAGCAUCCUGGCCGUCUAUUCCGAAGGCAACUACAAGCGAGUGACCGGCACCAGCCUCGGAGGAGGGACCUUUUUCGGCCUCUGCUGCCUCCUGACCGGCUGCUCCACCUUCGAAGAAGCUCUCGAAAUGGCCUCCCGGGGAGACAGCACGAAAGUGGACAAACUCGUGCGGGAUAUUUACGGAGGGGACUACGAGCGCUUUGGCCUGCCAGGUUGGACCAUAGCAUCCAGCUUUGGAAACAUGAUGAGCAAAGAGAAACGAGAGGCGGCCAGUAAGGAGGACUUGGCCCGGGCAGCCUUGAUCACCAUCACCAACAACAUCGGCUCCAUCGCACGCAUGUGCGCGCUGAAUGAGAACAUUAAUAAAGUGGUUUUUGUGGGGAACUUUUUGAGAAUCAACACAAUCUCCAUGAAGUUUCUGGCCUACGCUUUGGACUACUGGUCAAAGGGACAACUGAAGGCUCUUUUUCUGGAACAUGAGGGAUAUUUCGGAGCCGUGGGAGCUCUCCUGGAGCUGUUGGAGUCAUCCUGAAUCCAUGAAGAAAGCCCGAAUCCCGGGUUCAACAGGGCCCUUUUUUUUUUUAACCCAAGACGGAGUUCAUUUGAUUCCAUUUUGUAAAAACCAGACGGCCUGGUCACAGCUGAAACGAAGGGAUCGUGAAUGACGUCUCUGCCGAAAAGGAAAGACAAACGGAGUUGUUUGUUCUCAGCGGUAACCGCGCAUGUAGGUUAGUUGGUCAGAAAGCUUCUCUGGCUAUGACAACUGUGUGGACGGCACAAAUGUGAAGACGAGGGUUUGCUCUCGUUUGGGUUGAGUCCCGUUUCUUUCGGGGACGUCCAGCUGGCUGCAGCAAUGGUGGCGUCAAACAAGGUUUGUGCUCUCCUCAGAAUUAUUUUAAGGGUGGUUCUGUUUUGUGCAGCUGACUUCACCGUGGCGUCCAGACACGCACAAUAUGAAAACCCACCAACCGUAUUAAAAUUGAUUUUCUUAAAAGAG